AUGUACAUUGUAAGAAAAGGACAACUGGAAGUUGUAAGUGAUGAUGGUAGCAAAGUAUUUGUGACUCUCAAAGAAGGAAGUGUAUUCGGCGAGUUAUCGAUCCUGGAUAUACCAGGUAAUUAA